AGCUUCUUACUCCAUAUAAAUUCGACUCACACACACGUUUAUCUUGACAGAAACGAAUCAAAUGAAAGCUGAUAUACGAAUAUAUAUUUUGAUAAGUGCAUCUUGCCACGUGACACAUGCCCCAGUGGCAACAAAAAGUUUGAUCACAUGACCUAGAGACAGGAAGCUAUUCCAAAUAGAAGUUAAUUUAGAUAUUUGAGACAUUUACUCAUAAUGUUGCAUCUUACAACAGAAAUUGGAAAGUCUGGGAUACAAGAACUUGAAAAGAGGCAUUUUCCAGACAUUCACAACCGGAGAGGGCCGCUUCCUCAUUAUAAACCUACAGGCCGUGUGUAUAUCCCACACGGGUAUGGUGAGCAACCAGACUGGAGACCUCAUAAUGAAAAUAUCACACCUAGAUAUUCUGAAGCUGGUCCUGACUGGAAAUCACAGUUAAGAUAUAUUCCGUCACCUAGGAAUGAGGAAGGAAUACCAAUAGAAUUAUGGCCUGACAGUUUUCCACGACUUAGAUACUUUCCAGGGAAAUUUAGCUGCACAGAGAAAGAAUGGAGUCAGUAUCCAGAAGGAUAUCACAUAGGCAAAAGAAGCAAAUGGAACGGUCUCCACUUUAGAUCUGCUGAAACAACCAAUGAGAUUUCCCACCUUAUGUUGUAUGGCAAAGGUAGAAAGUUAUGUGACAUUGACCAAAGAAAUGGCAUUGCUUGUGCAUCGCUAGGGGACAAACAGUAUCAAGCUCCAGAGUAUUCAUAUAAUUUUCAUAAGUUUGGGUCCACAAGACCAAUAGUGAAUUUUGGGGGUGCCAUGCAAGACAGACCAAAACCAGACACAUUUGUGCCACUGCAAGAUCUUCCUACAGAGCCAAGUGAAAAUUUUGUAACAAAAGAGAGAAAAAGAAAGCACGAAGAAGAAGUUAAUGUGGUAAAGGAAUUAGAAACUUGGAAACCUGCUACUCCUUUGUCACAAACUCUUCCCCAGCAGGACAAGGACAAAUGAAGCAAAAGUGGACUGAAAAUUCAGAAGGUGUAAGCACAAGCUUCUAGAUUAACCCCCCCCCCCCCCAAGCCAGAAAAGGGGGUUCCAUGGUGCCUGAAUCUCAUUCUAUCCACCAAGUUAACAUAAUCAGGUCGGGGAGAAGGCUUUACUGGAGUUCUGAGAAAAAGCUCAUUGGCCUCAAAUAGUCUGGUAUAGACUGGUCUGUUGAAAGAGGAUUUUCAUGGACUAGUUUUCAUCAGAUUGGUUGUAUGUCUGUGCAGCAUGUUGACAGACAAGGAAGAGAAAAUGGAAUACGAAUGAACAUAUAAAUGACAUUCAAUCAAGAAAAAUUUGUGUAAACACAAAAUGACCAUUUAUUGGACAUUCUAACAGAUUGUGCUAUAGAAUUUGAUCAUUUUCAUACACUUUAUUAUAUUUCUUAUAUAC